AUGAUGUGUUUAUUUGUUCUUCUUCCUCUUGCAUACUUCUCAUCAGUACACGGUGCACCUACAGCUCUAUGGGUAUUUGGUGACUCACUGGUUGAUAAUGGGAAUAACAAUUUCCUCAACUCUAUUGCCAAAUCAAACUACUUUCCUUAUGGGAUUGAUUUCAACAGAGGCCCUACUGGCAGAUUUUCCAAUGGAAAAACUUUUGUGGAUAUUCUUGGAGAAUUGUUGGGAGUGCCUUCUCCUCCGCCAUUUGCAGACCCAAGCACAAGAGGAGAAAGAAUCCUCGGGGGAGUAAACUAUGCAUCUGCUGCUGCUGGCAUCCUAGACGAAACUGGCCAACACUAUAUGGACAGAUACACGUUGAGCCAACAGGUGAUAAAUUUUGAAAGCACGUUAGGUCAGUUAAGGACAAUGAUGAGUCCUGGUGAUUUAAACACAUAUCUGUCAAAAUCAAUAGCAGUGAUGGUAUUUGGAAGCAAUGACUACAUAAACAACUAUCUCAUGCCUUCCAUUUAUACGUCCAGUAUCAACUAUAAUCCGCAACAGUUUUCCAGCCUCCUUGUCAAUCAUUAUGCUAGACAACUUGUGGCGUUGUAUAGUGUAGGGCUGAGGAAGUUAUUGGUAGCAGGAGUAGGACCACUUGGAUGCAUUCCCAAUCAGUUAGCCACAGGACAAGCCCCUCCAGGAAGAUGUGUUGAUUAUGUAAAUCAGAUACUAGGCAGUUUCAAUGAGGGUCUCAAAUCACUCGUUAGCGUGAUGAACAAUGGCAGUCAUCCUGGAGCCGUUUUUGUUUAUGGCAAUACAUAUGCUGCUAUUGGUGAUAUCUUAAACAACCCUGCCAGAUAUGGAUUUAACGUAUGGGACAGAGCAUGCUGUGGAGUGGGGAGAAGCCAGGGACAAAUAACAUGCCUACCCUAUCAAUUUCCAUGCCUAGACAGGAGUAAGUAUAUAUUUUGGGAUGCAUUUCAUCCGACACAAGCUGUGGAUGCCAUCUUGGCAGAAAGGGCAUACUAUGGACCCCCUUCCGAUUGCUAUCCCAUCAACGUUAAGCAAAUGGCUGCAAUCAACUUUUGA